AAAAGGAAAUCAACACUGGUCAAAGGGAGGCCACUUUGAAUUGUGCCACGCUGAAGUCUAUUUUUAGUAUUAACCACAAAACUAACCACGUUGUUGUACGAAGAGCUUUAAAACAUAAAAGAUGGAUUCGAUCAGAAACGGAUGGUUUAGCGAACUCAGCCCAUUGUGGCCGGGACAGUGUAUGUCAUUAGAGGUUGACAAAGUUUUAUAUCAUGAGAAAUCGAAAUUUCAAGAUAUUUUGGUGUUCAAGAGCAAAACAUAUGGUAAUGUUUUAGUGUUAGAUGGAGUUAUUCAGGUUACCGAGAGAGAUGAACAUUCUUAUCAAGAAAUGUUGGCCCAUAUUCCCCUUUUCUGUCACCCAAAUCCUAAAAAGGUUUUAAUAAUAGGUGGUGGAGAUGGAGGGGUAGCUAGAGAAGUAUUAAAGCACCCAGAAGUAGAGUCUGUUGAUAUGUGUGAAAUAGAUGAGAAAGUUAUUGAAGUAAGUAAAAAGUAUUUGCCUACUCUAUCAACCAGUUUUGACAAUCCAAAAUUUACAUUAAAUGUUCAAGAUGGUUUUGAAUAUAUGAAGCAACAUCAAGGAAUUUAUGAUGUUAUUAUCACCGACUCCAGUGACCCAAUAGGUCCUGCAUCAUCACUGUUUGAAAAGUCUUAUUAUGAACACAUGGAGAAAUCAUUGAAACCUGAUGGUAUUUUAUCUAGUCAAGGUGAAUGUACCUGGUUACAUUUAGAUCUAAUUAAGGGAAUGUUAGAUUUCUGUAAGACUUUGUACCCUACUAUUGGUUAUUCCUAUACAACUAUACCUACCUAUCCUAGUGGACAGAUAGGAUUUAUUCUAUGCAGCAAAAAUCCAAAUGUAGAUUUGAGAAAUCCAGUUAGAAAAGUGACUCAAGAACAGUUAGGAAAAAUGGAUUUGAAAUAUUAUAAUACAGAAAUACAUCGAUCAGCAUUCGUACUACCAGAGUUUGCUAGAAAGGCUUUACAAUAAUUCAAGUGAAGAAGAUAUUUAUUUUAUGCUGGCCAUGAUUAGGUGGAGACAAUGUAUCAUAAUGUGAUUUUAUAUAACCUAUGCAUGUAAUUUUUCAUUAAUUCCCUAACUUUUUAAAACUACAGAUAUACAUAUUCCAGCUAUGAACCAGCCCCACCCCAACCCCUACCAAGGCUCCCUAUAAUAGGGCUUGGUCGGCCCAACAGUAUUUUACCAGAUACACCAUAUAACUAAUUUAUUAAACCCAAAUAAUGUUGUUUAGAAAUUCCUGUAUAUGGCACUGCACAAUUCUAUUGUACACUUGAUCUAUGGUUUGACUACAGUGUUCCAUCUAGUAAAGACUAAUUGAAGCUUGGGGUAAAACCAAUAGGGAUUAUAAUGAGAAGUGUGUGUAUUCACAUUGACCACAAAGUUGUAAUUUGAAGAAGAGUAAGCAGGAAAAAUUCUUCCCGGUGCAUUAUGUCAGAAUAACCAAGUAUUGUGCAGUAUUCAAUCUCCUUCUCAUGGCUUUUCUUUCCCACUGCACGUUUAAACUGAAACCAAAGUAUCUACUGCAAUUUAUAGAAGAGCGAUGUAAAUCUCUUUCUUUUUCAUUCUCCAAUGUCUGUAAUAUUUUGUUAAUGUUGGGCAGUUAGUACUGCAUUGUCUGGUAAUAUAUGCACAUAGAAAAGAAAGCUAUUAGCUAACACAUUCCAGUUCACAUAAUACUUCACCAAUCUGGCACCAAUAGUUCAGUUUUCUAUAAAUUCAAGUGUAAGAAAUGGAGAACAGAAUUUAAAAAAUAACAGCUUAAUAUUUUCUGUACCUCCAGUUAGUUAAAAAUCUUGUCUCUUGAAUUUAUUUGUUUGUGCAUUUGUGUCAUAACCUUUGAAGUUACCAAAGUAUAAAACAUAAAUGUGUGUAUUGUUAAUUGUUUUAGCAUAUUCAUCUUGUGAAUAAGGAGUAUUUACAAUAUUUUAAAAUUUUGAUUGGUAUUGCGGUAUAUACUAUAAACUGACAUCAUAUAUAGUGAGAAAUUCAAUGCCAACAAACCAUUAUUUUAAAGAUCGUGCCAUAUGUAUAAAGUUAUACAUAUUCUGUAUAAUGCUAGUCCAUAGUUAAUGUGUUUUUUUUGUGGUAUAUGUUCAAUUAAAGAAUAUUAUUUACAUUUUGUAAGCAUCAUCAAAAGGUUCGGUUGUCAUACAUCUUCAUAUUGGUUACUAUACUAAAUAUAAACAAUUGCCCUGUAUACUUUUAUAAUUAUAUAAUUUGUAAUAUUUUUACAAAAUAUACUUUACACAUUUUCCUGCUCAGAUUAAAUAAUAGACUCUAUUGUACAAUCUGAUUAAAAUAGGGAUCUAUA